AUGGAUAGUUAUAUUUAUACAGGAACAUUUUCUCAUAAAAAUGAAGUUAGCUUUCUCGAAAUUUUUAUUGCAGCUGAUGAAAUUCAAUUAUUUGAAAUUAAUCAACAAGUUGAAAAAAGCUUGCUUGAAACUGAAUCAGCUUGGAAAUUCCCCAAUGAUUUUAUUACAAUAUAUAAUGAUUUAACUAAAUGGACGCAAACAAAUUUUGAUGAGCUUGAGAAAGUUCUACAUAAUUGUAUUCCUCAUAUUAGAUUUUAUGAAUUAUCAUUUAGUGAAUUUCGUUUAGUUGAAACUCAAUAUAAAAAUAUUCUACCAAAUAACCUUCUUGAUGAAACAUACCAAUAUUUAUCAGAUCCUAAAAAACGGGAUACUUUACCAAAAAGAGUAUCAGCUUAUCCAUUUAAUUCUAAUAUUAUUGAUGCUAAAGAUGCAGCAUUAAUAGCAAGUUGGAUUGAUAAGAAACAAGGAAUGCCUUAUCAUUUUAAAAAUAUGCCUUUCGAAUUUGAGCUUAUUUACCGUGCAAGCCUUGAAAAUUUUAGUGUUGCAAUUCCUAGAUUAAGUCGUGUCUCUUCUAAAAAAGAAGCAAUCACUUGGUGUAUGGCCAGAGGACCAUGUUUUGGUUAUCAAGAUUUGUGGAUAGAACAUAAUCGUUCACAAAGAUCUGUUACUGGUAAAAGCAAACAGCACUCUUACGAAUGUGGAAUUAUUGACAAAGACACUUUUGAAAUAGAAGAAUAUGAA